CAUCUAGUAGCCCCCGAGCUUUCCGAUUUAGAAAUAUAAGAUUCCAGCUGGAAGCUCUUCCCGAUUAACUGAUCCCCACAAGUACCUAGCAGCGCUUCAAGCAGCGAGAUUCGAGAUGUCGGACGUGGUGUGCGAGGGUCACACGGACGCAGUGGUGGAGCUGUCCUUCAGCAGGGACCGCGGAUCGGGGAGCUACCUGGCCUCCGCCGGCCUCGACGGACUGGCGGUGCUGCGCCACGGUGCCACUGGCGACUGGAUCGGCGCCCUGCGGAAGCACGAGGCGGAGGUGUGGAGCGUCUCCCUGAGCGAGGACGCCGGCAUCCUGGCCAGCGGCGGGGGCGACUGCAAGGCGCGCAUCUGGGACGCGGUCCUGGGGCGGCAGCUGACGCGGCUCUCGCACCCGGAGACGGUGGCCUGCGUGGACCUGGACGCCCGGGGGAGGCACCUGGUGACCGGCUGCCUGGGCCGCGACCCCACCAUCAGCCUCUUCGACCUGGAGAGGCCGGACAAGAAGGAGAAGAAGGAGCAGACGGCCCUGGUGGUCAUGCGGGGUCACCAGCGCGGCGUGAGGGACGUGACCUUCUGCCUGGGGGAGCGCUGCGUGCUCAGCUCCUCCUACGACCGCACCGUGCAGUUGUGGGACUGCCUGAGCGGCCAGCGGAGCCACUCGGUGGUGCUGCCCCACCACGCCAAGUCGCUGGAGCUGCACCCCGACGGCGAGACGGUGACCAUAGCCUACGGCGAGAGCCUGCUCUUCCUGGACUGCCGGCGCUUCGAGGUCCUGCGGCAGCGCAAGCUGCCCUUCAAGGUCACCUCGGCCUCCCUGCACCCCGGCAAGGAGUGCUACGCCUGCGGGGAUGGUCGGGGCCACGUCCACAAGUUCGACUUCGCCACGGAUGCGCUCCUGGACUCCUUCGACUGCGGCGGAGGCAGCGGAGGCGGCGAGGUGUGCUCCCUGCGGUUCAGUCCCGACGGCGACGUGUGCGCCUUCGCCAGGAGCAAUGGGACCACCGUCCUCUGGCGCCACAACCUGCCCAGGCAGAGCGGUCCGUGGAGCAGCGAGAGCUCCUGGGACGAGGACGUGGAGCUGGAGGAGGACGAGUCCAUCAGCUAAACCCCUGAACCCCUGAACCCCUGCGCAACUGUACACUGCCUUAGUUCGAGUUUGUUGUUCGUUUGGUUUGUUUCUGUUCCCCAUCACCAAAAAAAAAAGGAAAGGGUCACGUCUCUUGCUCCCUAAUAAAUUCGUCUUGUGAUUGAAAACCCCAAA